AUGGAUAAGCAGACGUGGAAGGAUGGCGCCACCUACGUGACCACCCUCAAGAACGUCGUGAUGGAGUACGCCGGGCGCAACGACAAGCUCACGACCGUCGUCUGUAUGGGAUGCCAGACCAACUACACGCCUGCCUUCACGGAGAUCAGGGGGGAUCGAGCACUGCGGCAGCCACAAGAUCUGGAAGUUUGCCUACCCUCUCGGAUUGGAGAUUUGUUCAUCUACAUCACAUGCUACACGUGCGCGGAGGAGAAUCCGAAGAGGGUCACGGAUAAGGAUGGGGUGUUCCAGAGCUACACGGAGGCGUGCAAGAACGGGCAGGAGAUGUCGGACACGAGUCCUGAGACCAAUCCGUACCUGUAUCACCAGCAGACCGUAAUCUGGGGCCCAGCCUCGAACUUGGUCGCGAUUUUGUAG